AUGCCGCCCAGGAAGAAAUCCAUCGAACUAUCCACACAGGAGCUGAUAGAGGUGUACAAGUGGGUGAAAAAAUUCAACCUGUCAAAGGAAAUUAAAAAUAUCAACCGUGAUCUCUCGGAUGGAGUUCUUGUAGCGGAAAUCUUGAAACAUCUGUACCCGAAGUUGGUUGAGCUGCACAAUUACACCAGGUGCAACGCUAUCCGUAACAAGCUGGACAAUUGGCAAACGCUUAACAGGAAGGUGUUUCGCCGGUUGAAUAUCUAUCUGGACGAUGAAAUGAUGGGCGAGCUGGCUGGCGGAAACAAUGGCAUGCUGGAGGUGCUAUUGUAUGAGGUGAUGGCUAGGUAUAGUUUGGAAAACAAUCCACGCCAUCAUUCGGAUGAACCGGGAGUAAUGUGCGACGAAUGA